GACAAGAUUAUAGGCUUUUUUGGUUAGAUAUCCACAAAUGAAGGGUCCUCCUAAUUCAUGACCCCUGAAAAACCCAAAUCAAAAAAAUCUGGAGAAAAAAAAAGAACAAUUAACAAAACUCCAAAUUUAGAACCAAAAUUUACAUUCUUCACGUUAUCACUCUUUUCCACUCUGCAACCUUCUCCACUACGUCAGUCAUCAGUGCUUUCAUGGGGAUCUGCGUUUGUGGUUCCCUUCAUUUCUCACUGAGAUCAAGUCCAAUGAACCCAAUUCAACUCGUACCUGCAUUAUUGUUUUGAAGGGGGACUGAAGAAAAAACUUCCCUCAAUAGAAGAAUACUUGAUAGUUUAUCUGAUUCCUUCCUUCCAUUCUGGUUGCUGUUAUUGUCGCAUUUCUGAAAUUUGAGAUGGAUUCUCUGCGUAGUUUAUGCUGUAAUUCGGAGUCUUUUAUAAGUUGUUCUAGUACAAGGCGAUUCAGAGUUCAUCAGAAGCGAAGGGAAGUGCAGAGACCGAGAAGCUUGCAAUUCUUGGAGGGGGCGAGGCCCAUUUCGAUGAUUUCUGCCGGUGAUAGGAGCUUGGGUAAUAAAGGGUUUUCGAGAAUUCAAUGCGGAGUUUCUGCAGUUGAAACAUCCAGGGAGGAAGCCGAGAAAGAGAAGAAAAAGCAUUCUAGACAAAGUUAUGAUAGGGUGUAUUUAAAAGUUCGGCUGGAUCACCAAGUUGAGUUUGGGGAGCACAUUGCCAUUUUAGGGUCAACAAAAGAACUGGGUUCAUGGAAGAAAGAAAUAUUGAUGCAUUGGACGGAAAAUGGAUGGAUUUGUGAUUUGGAGCUGAAAGGGGGUAAACCUGUAGAGUGUAAAUUCGUGAUCUUGACGAAGGACAAGAAUCUGGCAUGGGAAAGUGGUGAAAAUCGAGUCUUGAUGGUACCUGAAAAGGGAAAUUUCGAGAUUGUUUGUCAUUGGAAUAUGACAGAUGAGCCUGUAGAGUUACUAGCUUUAGAUUCGACAACGGCUGAAGAAGUGGGAAGCUUAGGUGACAAUGGGACCACGUCUGCUACUGAUGUGGCUGGAGCAGAUGCCGUGGCAAGUCCUUUUGUGGAGAAAUGGCAAGGGAAAACCGUGUCUUUUGUACAUUCCAAGGAACAGCUUGACGACGAGAAGGUUAGGAAGUGGGACACAGCAGGUCUUGAAGGGGCUGCCUUGAAGUUGGUUGAAGGUGACAAGAAUGCAAGGAACUGGUGGCGGAAGCUUGAAGUCAUCCGUGAAUUAGUUGUCGAAAAUGUGAAAAAGGGGGAUCGUUUGGAGGCUCUUGCGUAUUCAGCUAUCUAUCUGAAGUGGAUAAACACAGGGCAAAUUCCAUGCUUCGAAGAUGGGGGCCAUCAUCGGCCCAACAGACAUGCUGAGAUUUCUAGGUUGAUAUUUCGUGAGUUGGAGCGGAUUUCAUAUGGGAAAGAUGUUUCUUUGCAGGAAGUUCUCGUCAUCCGCAAGAUUCAUACAUGUUUGCCCUCUUUUAAGUCUGAAUUCACUGCAUCUGUACCUCUUACGAGGAUCCGGGAUAUUGCACACAGGGGUGAUAUUCCCCAUGAUCUCAAGCAACAAAUCAAGCACACAAUACAAAACAAACUUCACCGUAAUGCUGGCCCUGAAGAUCUGGUUGCCACGGAAUUGAUGCUGGAAAAGAUUACCAAAAAUCCCGGGGAGUAUAGUGGAGAAUUUGUUGAACAAUUUAAGAUAUUUCAUCGUGAGCUUAAGGAUUUCUUCAAUGCUGGAAGUCUGGAAGAGCUGCUUGAUUCUAUUAUGGAAUCACUUGAUGAGAAAAGCCUUUCCACUCUUUCAAACUUUUUGGAAACAAAGAAGAGCUUGGACAAAUUGAGUAAAUCAAGUAACAUUUCGGAGUUUGAAGAAAUGGGACAGUUGAUCAAGACGAUCCAAACCUUAAACAAUGUACGCACAGUAAUUAUUAGGGGCCUUGAAAGUGGUCUUCGGAAUGAUGCUCCUGACGCUUCAAUCGCAAUGCGUCAAAAGUGGCGUCUUUGUGAAAUUGGGCUUGAAGACUAUGCAUUUGUUCUUCUAAGCAGGUUUCUCAAUGUACUUGAAAAAACGGGAGGAGAUCAUCAGCUAUCUGAGAAUGCGGGUGUCAGUGUUUGGAGUGAUCCUCUCGAGGUGCUUAUUAUUGGUGUCCAUCAGUUGGGUCUUUCUGGUUGGAAGUUAGAUGAAUGUCGUGCAAUUGGAAACGAACUCUUUUCAUGGAAAGAAAGAGGUCUUCAAGAAAAAGAAGGUAAUGAAAAUUGUAAAACUAUCUGGGGAUUGAGGCUUAAAGCUACUAUUGAUAGAUGUAGGAGAUUGACGGAGGAAUAUUCUGAGGUUCUCCUGCAGAUAUUUCCCGAAAAAGUUCAGAUAUUAGGAAAAGCUCUGGGUAUCCCAGAAAACAGUGUUAGGACAUACACUGAAGCUGAAAUUCGUGCCAGUGUUGUUUUUCAGGUGUCAAAGCUUUGUACCCUUCUUUCAAAGGGUAUCAGAAACGUUCUUGGUUCCCAGGGUUGGGAUGUUCUAGUUCCUGGAAACGCUUCUGGAAUACUGAUGCAGGUUGAUGCUAUUGUCCCGGGGACACUGCCAUCGUCUGUAGAAGGACCUGUUAUUCUUGUGGUCAAUAAAGCAGAUGGGGAUGAGGAGGUGACAGCAGCGGGGAGCAACAUAGCUGGAAUUGUACUUCUUCAAGAGCUGCCUCAUUUGUCUCAUCUCGGUGUGAGAGCUCGCCAAGAGAAGGUCGUGUUCGUGACAUGUGAGGAUGAUGAGAAAAUUGCUGAUAUAAAAGACUUGAAUGGAAGAUAUGUGAGGAUGGAGGCUUCCUCAGAAGGUGUCAAAUUGUUUCCAUCAUCGGAACAUGUACUUGGUGAAUCUUCUGCCAAAGUUUCUUCUAUGAUAGAAAGGUCAUCAGAGACCAGUGCCCCAUGGAUUGGUAUUGAAACCAGAGAGGUUCCCAGCAGUGGGGUUUUACUACUGUCUGAAGUGGAUUUGCCAAGUUCAGGGGCAAAAGCAGCAGCUUGUUCACACCUGGCUUUCCUAGCAUCUGCUUCUGAGACAGUUUCUAGUGAACAUGGAGUACCAGCUUCUUUUAAGGUCCCUGCCAGUGCAGUUAUUCCUUUUGGUGUGAUGGAAUUGGUUUUAGAGACAAGCAAAUCAAUCGAAGCCUUUAGGUCACUAAUAGAGCAGAUUGAAAUGGCCGCAAUCGAUAGCGAACUUGAUAAACUUUGUUAUGAACUACGCGAAUUGAUCUCAUCCCAGCAACUACCUGAAGAAAUAGUUGAUAGAUUACUGAAAGUAUUUCCAGAAAAUGCUAGACUAUAUGUUCGCUCCAGUGCCAAUGUAGAGGACUUAGCUGGAAUGUCAGCUGCUGGACUCUACGAAUCAGUUCCAAAUGUUAGCCUUUCAAAUGCCAAGGUGUUUGGACAAGCCGUUUGCCAAGUUUGGGCCUCUUUAUACACUCGCAGGGCAAUUUUAAGCCGUAGAGCUGCUGGUGUCCCACAGAAGCAAGCAGCUAUGGCUGUUCUGGUGCAAGAAAUGCUAUCACCAGAUUUGUCCUUCGUCCUCCACACAUUAAACCCUAUGGAUUCUGAUAGUACUUCAGUCGCAGCAGAGAUUGCUCCUGGGCUUGGGGAAACUUUAGCAUCUGGCACACGAGGUACUCCUUGGCGUUUAUCUUCAGGAAAAUUUGAUGAACGUGUACGAACAUUGGCUUUUGCUAACUUUAGUGAAGAGUUGGUUGUUCGUAAUACUGGGCCUGCAAAUGGAGAAGUUCUGCGCUUGACUGUGGACUACAGCAAAAAACCAUUAACGAUUGAUGCAGUUUUUAGGCAGAAACUUGGACAGAGACUUGGAGCUGUUGGUUUCUUCCUGGAGCGCAAAUUCGGAUGUCCUCAGGAUGUUGAAGGAUGUUUAGUGGGAAAAGACGUAUACAUUGUGCAGACACGUCCUCAGCCCCUGUAAGGUUCAAGGUUUAUAUGUUACUAAGUUCUGAGCUGGCAGAACUCGGGUGAAAUAUUCGCCAUUCUGCAAUAAUAGCGCAUCGCCACAUGUGCUUGCUCGGAGAUGAAAUUUGCUGAAUAACACUGUCAAUAUAGAUGAAGGGAUGGCAUAUAACAUAGCCCGUUUUACCAGUUGUGCAAAAGACAAUCAAUAAUAUAGGAUUUGGAAAAUUGGAGUCGGUAGCUUAGAAUAUAGAGCCCUUCUGUAGAAUACUAUUGUGGCGUCACGUCUUCAAUAAAUAUCAGCUAACAUGAGAUUAGUUAAAUGUUACUUAAGGCCUUUUGAUGAUACUUAGGGAGAAGUUAAUUUUGUUUUUCUCUCCUAAAACUAUUAAAGGGCUUAUAUCAUUGUAUGCGUUUGUUUUUAGUCUUGGGUGAUGUUGCUCAAAAAAUAAAUAAAUAAAUAAAAAUAGGGUUGGACUUUGGAGAAUUGGAGGGAGAUGGUCAGUUUAAAUUUCGUUGGGACAAUUUGGGGAAAGCCCCGAAAAAGGAGC